GGAACUUAAUUAGGCAGCCCAACCACAGGCUAUCCCUAGAUAUCUUUAAUACCUCAGCCCGCGUCGAAAAAUCAAUCCUUCCAAAGUUAUCCGUCACUCUCACACUUACUCCCUAUAAAUGCCAGAUAACACUGCCUUCUCGAUCCAACGUAAUAGCUAGUUUCAUAACACUGCAAAAUGGGAAAUAUGCACCCCAUAUUUCUUGUUUCCUUCUUGGUCGUACAGUUGCUAUGGCUUCCAAUUGGUUCCAUCGGCCAACCUCAGGGUGGUGCCGUGCCCGUGACUCGGCUCCAGCUUCCACUCGGAGCUUCCUUCCCUGACACCACAGCCUUUAAUCAGGCAGGCAGAGGACCUUUCACGGGAAUCUCAGACGGCAGAAUCCUCGAAUACGUCAACAGCAGUGUGGGCUACGUGGAAUUUGCCAUCGCCUCACCUAAACGGCCCAAAAUCAUUUGUAAUGGCUCAAUAACGAACCCCAUACUCCAACCUAUAUGUGGCCGACCGCUCGGCUUAGCAUUCAACCACAGGACAGGGCAGCUCUUUGUAGUCGAUACAGCUUUGGGACUUGCAGUUGUGAGCCCUGAUGGUGGGAACGGGACCUUGCUGGUUACCUCUGCCGGAGGUGUUGGAUUUAAGUUCCUCAAUGGUGUGGACAUUGAUCAGGACUCGGAAGUGGUUUACUUCACCGACACUAGCUCCAAAUUCACAUUGAGCGAUAUAAUUAAGGUUCUUCUUACUAGAGACAAGACAGGGAGGUUGCUAAGUUAUAACCCCAGAACCAACGAAUCGAGAGUUCUGCUAACAGGACUGGCUGGACCUAAUGGAGUGGCAGUGAGCAGGGAUGGGAGCUUCCUCCUCUUCACAGAGAUGGUCACCAACACGAUCCGACGUUUCUGGGUCACAGGCCCCAAAGCCAACACAACAGAACUUUUUGCCCAAGUCGAAGGACUACCAGAUAACAUUAGAAUAAAUGCGAGAGGAGAGGUUUGGGUGGCCACUACUGUUAAUGCUCUCCUACCAACUGCAGUUCCGGUAGGCCUAAAGUUCAGUGAAGAAGGUGUGCUCCAGCAGAAUACGACAUUUGACAUCAAAUUUGGUUCUUCUCUGUUACUUAGUGAUGUCAAUACAUUCGAAGGUAAGUUUUAUCUGGGUCUUACAACCCAAACGUUCCUUGGAAGGGCCAAUAUCUCUAAUAGCUUCUAAGAGGCAAAAACCAUAAUCUUCGAAUUGCUUCAGCGAAGCAAUUAUGAAAUAAUCAUGUGUGUACUGAUGGAAUAAAGUAAUUAGAACAAAGUAUCAUGUAUGGGAAUAAAGUAAAGAAAAUUAUUGCUUUUGGGCUCGUUAUUAUCCAUACUUGAGACAAUAAUAAGCAGAUAUCUAUGCUGUUAUACAAAGUGAUAAUGCAGAAGUGCUUGUU